GGGCCUGCGUGUCGGCGGCGAGGGGCGGGGCCGCGGCGCAGCGCGGGAAGUCCAGAUCCCGCGGCGACCCGAGCAUGAGCCUGGAGCGCGAGCUUCGCCAGCUGAGCAAGGCGAAGGCCAAGGCGCAGAGGGCCGGGCAGCGGCGCGAGGAGGCAGCGCUGUGCCACCAGCUGGGGGAGCUCCUGGCCGGCCAUGGCCGCUACGCCGAAGCCCUGGAGCAGCACUGGCAGGAGCUGCGGCUCCGGGAGAGCGCUGAGGACCCCCUGGGCUGUGCCGUGGCCCACCGCAAGAUCGGAGAGCGCCUGGCGGAGAUGGAGGACUACCCGACUGCCUUGCAGCACCAGCACCACUACCUGGAGCUAGCACAUUCCCUGCGCAACCACACGGAGCUGCAGAGGGCCUGGGCCACCAUUGGCCGCACCCACCUGGACAUCUAUGACCACUGCCAGUCGAGGGAUGCUCUGCUGCAGGCCCAGGCUGCCUUUGAGAAGAGCUUGGCUAUUGUGGAUGAGGAGCUGGAGGGGACAUUGGCUCAGGGAGAGCUGAAUGAGAUGAGGACCCGCCUCUACCUCAACCUGGGUCUUACCUUUGAGAGCCUGCAGCAGACAGCCCUGUGCAACGAUUACUUCAGGAAGAGCAUCUUCCUUGCGGAGCAGAACCACCUUUACGAGGACCUGUUCCGCGCCCGCUACAACCUGGGCACCGUCCACUGGCGCGCGGGCCAGCACUCCCAGGCUAUGCGCUGCUUGGAGGGUGCCCGGGAGUGUGCGCACACCAUGAGGAAGCGGUUCAUGGAGAGCGAGUGCUGCGUGGCCAUCGCACAGGUCCUCCAAGACCUGGGAGACUUUCUGGCUGCCAAGCGAGCCCUGAAGAAGGCCUACAGGCUGGGCUCCCAGAAGCCUGUGCAGAGAGCAGCCGUCUGUCAGAACCUCCAGCAUGUGCUGGCGGUGGUCCGACUGCAGCAACAGCUGGAAGAUGCCGAGGGAAGUGACCCUCAGGGCGCCAUGGCCAUCUGUGAGCAGCUAGGUGACCUCUUCUCCAAGGCAGGAGACUUUCCCAGGGCAGCUGAGGCUUACCAGAAGCAGCUACGUUUCGCUGAGCUGCUGGACAGACCGGGUGCCGAGCGGGCCAUCAUCCACGUGUCCCUGGCCGCCACACUGGGAGACAUGAAGGACCACCGUGGGGCCGUGCGCCACUAUGAGGAGGAGCUGAGGCUGCGCAGCGGCAACAUGCUGGAGGAGGCCAAGACCUGGCUGAACAUCGCACUGUCCCGUGAAGAGGCUGGCGAUGCCUACGAACUGCUGGCCCCAUGCUUCCAGAAGGCGCUCAGCUGUGCCCAGCAGGCCCAGCGGCCCCAGCUGCAGAGGCAGGUCUUGCAGCACCUCCAUACCGUGCAGCUGAGGCUGCAGCCCCAGGAGGCCCCUGGCACCGAAACCAGACUACAGGAGCUCAUUGUAGAUGAAGAUGAAGAUGAGGAGGAGGAGGCGGCAGCCACAGCGGAGUGCAAAGCCCUGGAGGCCAGUGAGGUGGAGCUCUCAGAGAGCGAGGAUGACGCCGAUGGCCUGACCCUGCAGCUGGAGGAGGAUGAGGAGCUGCAGGGCCGCCCGGGCCGGCGGAAGGGGAGCAAGUGGAACCGGCGGAACGACAUGGGGGAGACGCUGCUGCACCGAGCCUGCAUCGAGGGCCAGCUGCGCCGCGUCCAGGACCUCGUGAGGCAGGGCCACCCCCUGAACCCUCGGGACUACUGUGGCUGGACGCCUCUGCACGAGGCCUGCAACUACGGGCAUCUAGAAAUUGUCCGCUUCCUGCUGGAUCACGGGGCCGCAGUGGACGACCCAGGUGGCCAGGGCUGCGAAGGCAUCACCCCCCUGCAUGAUGCCCUCAACUGUGGCCACUUUGAGGUGGCUGAGCUGCUGCUUGAACGGGGGGCGUCCGUCACCCUCCGCACUCGAAAGGUGAGCCUGGUGGGGCAGAGGGCAAAGGUGAGGGUAUGGGGGCUGCUGUGCUCCUGUUCAACUGAUACCACACAGGGCCUCAGCCCGCUGGAGACGCUGCAGCAGUGGGUGAAGCUGUACCGCAGGGACCUGGACCUGGAGACGCGGCAGAAGGCCAGGGCCAUGGAAAUGCUGCUCCAGGCAGCCGCCUCAGGCCAAGAUCCCCACAGCUCCCAGGACUCCCUCACCAUCCCAAGUAGCCUUCUGUUUGACCCUGAGACCUCUCCUCCUCUGAGCCCCUGCCCAAAACCCCCCUCUAAUAGCACUAGACCCCCAGAGGCCUCUCAGGCCCGUGCCAGGGUCUCCCUAGGGCAGGCAGCACCAGCCGUGGCCAGGCCUCGGAGGAGCAGGCAUGGGCCAGCCAGCAGCAGCAGUUCGGAAGGUGAGGACAGCACAGGUCCCCCGCGGCUGUCCCAGAAGAGGCCUCGGUGCUUGGCCACAGCACAACAGGUGGCAGCCCGGACGCCUGGCCCUGCCAGCAACAGGGAAGCAGCCGCAGCCAGCAACAGCCGGGCAGCCUACCAGGCAGCCAUCCGGGGUGUGGGCAGUGCUCAGAGCCGGCUGGGGCCUCACCCACCGCGGGGCCAGAGCAAAGCCCUUGCCCCCCAGGCAGCGCUCAUCCCGGAGGAGGAGUGCCUGGCUGGAGACUGGCUGGAGCUGGACACGCCCCUGACCCGCAGCCGCCGGCCCCGCCCCCAGGGCACUGGGGACAGCCGCAGGCCUAGUAGUACCUCCGGGUCGGACAGUGAGGAGAGCAGGCCCCGUGCCCGAGCCAAGCAGGUCCGCCUGACCUGCGUGCAGAGUUGCAGUGCACCGGUCAAGGCAGGGCCCAGCAGCCUGUCUUCAGAACCCCCAGGAAGCCCCAGCACCACCAGGGUCUCAGAGCCCAGUGGGGACAGCUCUGCGGCAGGCCAGCCCUUGGGUCUGGCCAUGCCACCUCCCAUCCGGGUUCGAGUUCAAGUUCAGGAUCAUCUUUUCCUUAUCCCUGUCCCACACAGCAGUGAGACCCACUCUGUGGCCUGGCUGGCCGAGCAGGCGGCCCAGCGCUACUACCAGACCUGUGGGCUGCUGCCCAGGCUCACCCUACGGAAAGAGGGGGCCCUGCUGGCCCCACAGGACCCCAUCCCCGAUGUGCUGCAGAGCAAUGAUGAGGUGUUGGCUGAGGUAACUUCGUGGGACCUGCCUCCGUUGACCGACCGCUACCGCAGGGCCUGCCAGAGCCUGGGGCAAGGGGAGCACCAACAGGUGCUGCAAGCCGUGGAGCUCCAGGCCUCGGGCCUCUCAUUCAGCGCCUGCUCCCUGGCCCUGCACCAGGCCCAGCUUACACCCCUGCUGCGGGCCCUCAAGCUGCACACAGCACUCCGCGAGCUGCGCCUGGCAGGGAACCGGCUGGGGGACAAGUGUGUGGCUGAGCUGGUGGCUGCCCUGGGCACCAUGCCCAGCCUGGCCCUCCUCGACCUCUCCUCCAAUCACCUGGGUCCCGAAGGCCUACGCCAGCUUGCCAUGGGGCUCCCAGGCCAAGCCACCUUGCAGAGUUUGGAGGAGCUGGACUUAAGCAUGAACCCCCUGGGGGACGGCUGUGGCCAGGCCCUGGCCUCCCUCCUGCGCACCUGCCCCUUACUCAGCACCCUGCGUCUACAGGCCUGUGGCUUUGGCCCCAGCUUCUUCCCGAGCCACCAGACAGCACUGGGUAGUGCUUUCCAAGAUUCUGGCCCUGGUGCAGACGCUGAGCACCUGAAGACCCUGUGCCUGUCCUACAAUGCCUUGGGAGCCCCAUCCCUGGCCAGGACCCUGCAGAGCCUGCCCGCCCGCACCCUCCUGCACCUAGAGCUCAGCUCCGUGGCAGCCGGCAAGGGUGACUCAGGCCUCAUGGAGCCCAUAGUCCAAUACCUGGCCAAGGAAGGCUGUGCUCUGGCCCACCUGACCCUGUCUGCAAACCACCUGGGGGACAAGGCCAUUAGAGACCUGUGCAGAUGUCUCUCUCUGUGCCCCUCACUCAUCUCGCUCGAUCUGUCCGCAAACCCUGAGAUCAGCUGUGUCAGCCUGGAAGAGCUCCUGUCUACCCUCCAAAAGCGGCCCCAAGGCCUUAGCUUCCUUGGCUUGUCAGGCUGCGCCAUCCAGGGUCCCCUGGGCCUGGGCUUGUGGGACAAGAUCGCCGCGCAGCUCCGGGAACUGCAGCUGUGCAGCAGACGCCUCUGCGCCGAGGACCGGGACGCCCUGCGCCAGCUGCGGCCCAGUCGGCCGUGCCCCGGCGAGUGCACGCUGGACCACGGCUCCAAGCUCUUCUUCCGGCGCCUCUGACCCCGGCGCCGCCUUUCCCCACCCUCACCGAAGCCCCUAAUAAAUGAAGCUGCUGGCCGGACGCGA